AUGGCCACCGAGCCUUCCACCUCGGCGCCACUCUCCGCCGCCGCGGUCGAUGGCGACGCCGACUCCCCCGAGCCAUGGAGCGCGCGGGUGCGCACCCUGGCCCGCCUCGGCCAGCACCGGGAGGCACUGGCCCUCCUCCGCCACGGCGAUCCCUCGCCGCCGCCACACGCCCUGGCGCUUCCGGCGGCGGUGAAAUCCUGCGCCGCGCUGUCUCUCGCCUCCGGCGUUGCGCAGAUACACGCGCUCGCCGCCAAGCGCGGCCUGCUUCCGGCCUCCGACGCCUACCUCCUCUCCGCGCUGCUCACCUCGUACGCGCGCCUCCGCCUCCUCCCGCGCGCCCACCAGCUCCUCGACGAAUUGCCCCUUGCGUCCGCGGCGCCCACCACGGCUCGCACCGCCUUCAACUCCCUCAUCUCGGGAUGCGCGCUCCACUCGCUCCCGGCCGUCUGCUUCUCCCUGUUCCGCCGCAUGCGCCGCGCCGGCGUCCGCUUCGACGCCGUCACGCUGCUGGCGCUAGCCCCCGCUACUCCUGCGGGCGUCGUGCCGCAGCUCCACGCCCUCGCGGCGCGGGCCGGGUUCGCCGCGAGCACUUCCGUGGCCAACUGCCUGAUAUCCGCAUACGCUCGCGGCGGCGCCGCCCUCGCCCGCCAGGUUUUUGACGAGUUGCCGCGGGCCUCCCGCGACCUCGUGUCGUGGAACGCAGUGCUCUCCGCCCACUCCCAGAACGGCCUGGCCGUGGAAGCCCUCGAGCUCUACCGGCGCAUGCGUGGGCCGGACGGCUGCGGGGUGGAACCGGACGCCGUGACGCUCGUCGGCGUCCUAUCCUCCUGCGCUCACCUCGGCGCGCGCCGUAUCGGCCUCGACGUCGAGCGCGACGUGCGGGAGAGACUCCCCGGCUUCCGCGCCAACGUGCAGCUCUGCAACGCGCUCAUCAACUUCCACGCGCGCUGCGGCAGCCUCCCCCAGGCGCGGCAGCUGUUCGACGAAAUGCCCAAAAGGAGCAUCGUCUCGUGGACGGCGCUGAUCGCCGGGUACGGCAUGCAUGGGCACGGCGACGUCGCCGUCAGCCUCUUCGAAGCGAUGGUGUCGGAAGGCAUCCAGCCCGACAACGUCGCCAUGGUCGGCCUCCUGUCAGCGUGCAGCCACGCGGGGAUGCACAGCGAAGGCCGCAAAUACUUCUCAGCGAUGGAGAGCGCCUACCACCUGCGGCCAACGCUGGAGCACUACACCUGCAUGGUGGACCUCCUUGGACGCGCUGGCCACCUCGACGAAGCGCGAGACCUCAUCUCGUCGAUGCCCAUGCUGGCCGACGGCGCGGUCUGGGGCGCGCUCCUCGGGGCCUGCAAGAUACACAAGGACGUGGAGAUGGGCGAGGAAGCCUUCGAGCGCGUCGUCAACCUCGAGCCGACCAACGUGGGCUACUACGUGCUCAUGGCGAACAUCUACACCGACACGGGGCAGCUCGACGGCGUCGCCAAGGUGCGGGCGAUGAUGAGGCAGCGCGGGCUCAGGAAGGAGCCCGGGUGCAGCUACGUCGAGCACAGGGGGAAGGUUCACCUGUUCAUGGCCGACGACCACUCGCAUCCGCAGGCGAAGAGGAUCUACGAGCUCGUGGUCAAGCUGGAGCAAAUGGUGAAGGAGAAGACUGGUGGUGAUGGUGGUGGUGGUGUCGUCGAGAAGAAUGGUGAUAAGACGACGGCGUCGGGCACUGCCGUUCGGUUGGUGGGGUUCCAUAGCGAGAAGCUGGCGGUGGCGUUUGGGUUGCUGAACGGCGAGGGCGGCGGUGAGGUCGUGGUGAUCAAGAACCUGCGGGUGUGCGGAGACUGCCACUCGUUUCUCAAGACGGUCUCUGCUCUGUCAAACAGGGUGUUUCUCGUCAGGGACGCGAGCCGCUUCCAUCGGUUCGAGGGUGGAGCCUGCUCCUGCAGAGACUACUGGUGAAGAUUCUGGCCUGGUCUCUGAAUUCGGCCGGUUGCGAUCUGCCAGUGCCACGGAGCGUAAUGUUGGAUACCGGCCUGUCAUGUUUACUUUGUGCUGGAUGUAUG